UUUAAGUAAUAUAAUUAAACAUCAGUCGCGUAAUAAGUAAAAUGCAAUUUCACCAAAAAUUACAUGGCACAUCUUUUUCCUUUAGUGCUUCUUUCUUAUAUGUAAUUAACUCCCAAAAUAUUGCAACUUGCACAAGAGAGUUGUGAAUACAGCUUUAAGUAAAUGCCGUUUAAAUGAAAACUCAAACCGUCACUGGCUCAAGUCAGAUUAGGUUAAACCCAUGAAGUGAUUGUAGUGUCAACCACGUAAUCCGACAUAAACACCUCGAUAGAUUUAUGAAAAUUAAAUUAUAUUGAUUAGAAGUGUAAUAUACUAAUAAAUACAAAAUGUUUCAAAAAUUUAAAGAUAAACUUGCCGAGGAGAUGAAACAAUCGCCUGCCAGGUUGCAGGCGAGUAUGCAGCAAAUGGCGCAGGCAGUUAUAUCUCCAGCUCAGUCUAAUAGUUCAAUACAAGAAUUACCAAUAACAGUGGAAAGUAAUGACUUAACCAAAAAAACUGAUGAUUCUGUCAAAAGUAAUUCCGUAAAAAACACAUUUCAAAAUGUUGAACUUGUAUCACCAUUAUCCAAUUCAGUAGACGCAUCUAGAAGAUCAUCUGUAAACAGUGUAACCAGUGAUGUCAGUUCUUUAUUUCCGCUUUACGAAAGUCCUAAAAAUCUAUAUCAUAUACAGUCAGAUAUAGAUCAGUCUGCGACUGAAAUAGAUGAUGACAUAAAUACGCAACUUGAUAGAGUUACCAAAGAUCAAUUAUAUUUGGCAUAUAAAAAAAUUCAAGGAAAAUAUAAUAAGUACCGUGGACGAUACACAGAUUUAGUAAAACAUUAUCGAGAUCUCGAACGAGUUAAAACAAAAUUAGAAUCUGUUUUGGUUGAAACGCAAGAUAAUGUAUUAAGAAGAAUUGGAGAUUUAAAAGAACAAUGCCAAUUAGAACAACAAGCUAAAGCACAUUUAGAAGAAGUAUUAAGAAAUGAUAUUGAAGAAAGAAAUCAUAUUAUAGAUACCUUAAAUACAAAGAUUAAACUUCUUCAAGGAAAUACACCACCUUCAGAAAAUUUAAUGCUAUUAGACAACGACGAAGGACAUAAUAGUACCGUCGAAGUUAUGGAACCGAAUAAAGAGUUAACUGAAAAUGCAGCUGAUAAUUCUGAAUUGGUAGCUGAAAAUGCAAUACUUCAAAAUAAAAUAAUUAAAUUAGAAGCAAUAGUAACAAAAAAUAAGAAUACUUUAAAACGAUGUGAAAAUUUAAUGAAAAGAUAUAAGGAAAUACUAGAGGAAAAUAAUAUAUUAAAACGUGAUUACGAAGCUUUAAAGUCUUCUAGUUUAGAAAACGCAGAGGUUUUGCAGAAAGAAUUAAGUAUAUCGCAGAAUGAAGUUUCAAAUUUAAUGGAACAAGUGAACACUUUAAAAAGGCGUGAGGAAGAAUCCGUAAUAUCUCUGGCUGAAAAUAAACUUUCAAUUCAUAGAGAACUUGAGGGUAAAGAGGAGCAAAUAAAACGACUUCAAUUUGAUUUGAAACAUACUAUGGAAAGUAAAGAAAAUCUAACCGAAAUUGUUGAUAAAUAUAAAACGGAAUUACAGCAAUUGAAAACGCAAUAUAACAUACCAAAUUUGGAUACGGAUAAAACAGAUAAUAUUCAAGAUACAUCGAAAGGUGAUGCAGAGAGUAUAGAAAGUAAUAAUACCUCAAAAAAUAAAAGCGAUACUUUAAAUGAAAAUGAAACAUUGGACAAACUAAAACAUGAUCUAACAGAAAAGGAAGAAGAAUUACAAAAAAUAAAAGUAAUUUUACAAGAAACCCAGACACUUUCUAAAGAGUAUCAAUGCAACAUGGAGACACUCCAAAAUGAAUUUUCAAACUUAAAAAUCAAAUAUGUCGAAUUAAAGAAAGAACAAGACGCGCAAACAAUUAUUACUAAUGAAAAAAAGAAAGAAGCUGAAACGACUAUUGAAAAAUUGCAAAUGACCGUACAAAGUCUCGAUAAAGAAUUAGAAAAUAUGAGAUUCGCUUUAUCAGACAGAGAUCAAGUAUGCGAAACUUUCAAUUUGAAAAUGCAAGAAUAUGCAUCGAUGUUAGAAAAAGCUAAUAACAAAUUAUCGAUAAAGGAUCUAGAAAUAAAGAAACUUAACGAUCAAUUGUCUAAUGAAAAUGAAAUAACUAAAUUAAAUAAUACGAUAGAAAACAAAGAUGCAGAAUUAACUGAACUCAGUAACCAAUUAAAAAAUUAUAAAGAUGAAAUUAAUAACUUAACCGAACAAGUAGAUGAAAAAAAUUCCAAAAUAGAUUUACUUAAUAAAGAAAAAAUAUCCUUUAAAAGUCAACUCCUAUGUUUUAAAACAAAUACGGAGAAAUUGAAAGAAAAUUGCAUGUAUCUGAGAAAUAACGUUAAAGAAAUAUUUCAGAAUCAUAAUGAAAAGAUAAGUAAUUUGGAUAGAAUUAUAAACUUCUGUUUAAAAAAUACUUUGAUGGAAAAGGAAAGCCUCAAAGAAGAAGUUGAAAUUCUUCAUACAAAAUUAAAAAUGUCGGAAGAACAAGUUAAUAAAUUGAUCGAAGUAGAAACAGAAUUAGUGAAGAUUAAGCAGCAGAAAACGGAUUUAAUGCAUGAACUAAAUGAAUACAAGACGAAAGUAAAACAAAUCGAAUUGGAAAGGCAUGAUAAAUAUAAUAUUGAAAUGAGCAGAUAUAUAGCCGAAAUAGAUAAUUUGAAUUCUAAAAUACACGAUCUACAAGAAAUACAAGCUUUAACAGAGAAGAAGAAGGAAGAUGAAGUAGAACAUUUGAAAAGAGAAAUGAUAGAAUUUAAAAAGAAGUAUGAAGAUGCUACGAAUAUAAUAAAAACGUUGGAAAAUAAAAAAUCUGAGUGUAAUUUACUGCAAGAAGAAUUGGAACGGUUAAAAUCGGAAAUUGUACAUUUGCACGACAGUAAUACUAAAAAUAAUACCGAAAUCAAUGAACUUCGUGAGACAAUAUUGAAAAAAGAAUCAGAAAUGGCUGAUUUGGAAAUAAGAUUUCAAGACCAUGUAAAAUUGGUCAAAGAAUAUGCAAAAAAAAAUGAAGAAAUAGAAGGAAUUUAUCAAGACGCUAAUAAGUAUCAUGAGGAGGAAGUUAUGAAAUUAAAUGAUUUAAAUAAUACCUUACAAAAAAGUUUACAAAAAAUAAUUGAUACAAAAGAUGUCGAAUUGAAGAAAUUACAAGAAAUUAAAGAGCAACAAGACAAGAAAUUACUAUUUUGCGAUAAAAGAAUAGAAGAUUUAACCGUAGAACUCGAUGAAUUUAGAGCUGAAAAUUUAAAUAUGUCGCAAAUGAUAGAAAGAUUUUCAAAUGAAGUUAAAACACUAGAAGAUGAAAAUAAUCUAUUAGAGAAACUGAAAACUGAAAAUGAAUUAAUGAAUGUUGAAUUAGUAGAAUUAAAAUCAAUUUUAAAUAAAUUUAGAGAAGAAAAUAAAAAUUUAAAGGUAAAAAAUUCUCAGCUUAUACAAUCUCAUGAAGAACUUCAUAACAUUAAAGAAACCUUGGAGUUUAAAGAAUUAGAAUAUCAUAAAAAAAAAAAAGAAUUUUUACACGAUCUCGAAAUUAGUAACGACAGAUUGAAUAUGGCGUGUGAAAGAUCAAAAUUGGCUAGAAAUAAAUUGGAAGAAACAAAUGCUAAAGUGAAUUCUCUAACGAAAGCGUUACAAGAAUGUGAUGAAGAAUUACAGAAAACAAAAAAAGAAUUAGAAGAACAAACUCUAUUAUUAAGUGAUAAAACUACCGAAUUAACUGAACAUUUAAAACAUAUACAAUCAUUGGAAAUAAGCAAAACUGAACUUACUGAGCAUAUAACAAAGUUAAAUGAGCAGUUAACAAAUGUAAAGGCUACGAACUUAAACAACAUUCCAUUUAAACUUACGAAUGAAACUCUAACGUAUCUUCAAAUAAAGAAACUUAAAAAUGGAGAGCUUGUUCUGGACGAACAUCUUGCUAACUUGUUGGCUUCUACGGUUUUAAAUCUGGAUGCAGAAAACAAGCGUUUAACGGAUAAAAUCAAACGUAUAGAAAAUAUUAUGGAACAGGAAAAUUUACAAUUUAAAUUAUUAGAAACAAAUGAAGAAAAUCUGUUAAAAGAAAAUGAAAAAUUAAAACUUUUAAAUAUGGAAGAAGAACUCGAUCAAAAAAUAAUAGAAAUAGAUACGUUAAAAACUACAAUCAAAGAACAAGAGAACCAAAUUAAUAAAUUACAAUCGCAAAUAGAAUCAUUGAAAGAUAUCAACUUACAAACGGCGGAUAAUUAUAAUACCGUAAAACAAAAUCUUGUCGAAAGAAGUAAUCAAUUAGAAGAGGAAAAUAAAAAAUUACAAGCAGAAUUGGAUGAAGCAAUAAUUACAUUACUUGCCAAUGAAUCGCAAAUGCAUAUGAUCAAUACAGAAUUAGAAGAUAAAACAGAUCAAUUGCAGAAAGAAUUAGAAACGCACGAGGAAGAACAAAAUAUUAGAUUGAAACAAUUGGUUAAAGAAUUCCAAGCUCAACUGCAAGAUAAAGAAGAGGAAUUGCAAUCAGCAUUGGAAAAACGUUUUGAUUACCAACAGAGUUAUGAAUCCAAUCUUGUACAACAAUACAAGGAGCAAUUAAAAGAUUUUCAAGUUGAAUUAACAACUAAAUCGGAACAACUUGAAAAUCUUAUUUUAGAAAAUAAAAAGUUGACAGCAGAAAAAGAAAAUGAAGUAAAAGCUUUAACGGAAAGUAUCACAUCUGUUAGAAAAGAACAUGUAAAUGAACUCAGAGAAACUGAACAAAAAUGGAAAACUAUUUUACAACAAAGAAGCGAUAGAUUAGAAACUAAACAUGAAGAAGAAAUCAAAGAAUUAACGAGGGAGUGGAGGAACGAAAGAAAGCUUGACACAAAUACUGACACAGCAACAGAGGAAUUGGAAAAUACUUCUUGUAUAGCAAUGGCUGCAAUACAAUCAAAUACUGGUUCAUUUCAUACGUUUCAACAAACAUUGGCAUCGCAAAAUCGUGAAUUAACCGAACUCAGGAAAUUAGUUAAAUUGAGGCAUGAAACUUUAGAAGACUCAACAGAAAUAGAAUAUCUUAAGAAUAUUUUAUAUGAAUAUAUGAUGGGAAAAGAAACAAUGGUGCUUGCUAAAGUUAUAGCUGCAGUCGUCAAAUUUGAUCAAGAGCAAACGGCAAAAAUACUUAAAAAGGAAGAAGACAAAUUAACACUGCUUGGAUCACUUGGCAUUACAUAGGAUACAAUAAUAUAAGAUAACUAAAAGUAAGUAUAUAAUAUGACAAUUAGGCAAUAUCACGAAAUCAAGAACUAUAUUUAUUUGGUUAAUGAACCAUUUAAGAAUGCUCUUUUGUU